ACCGCAGCGGUCGGCGGCUCGUCACUCAUCGCCUCCCUCUGUCCCGACGCCUGCUCUCCUAUCCUCUUCCUGCGCCGCCGACAUCAACGGCCCCCGUCACCAUUCCUCUCGCCCCCCCUUAACCUAUGGUUGCAGCGGGAUCCAGCAACGCGGGAUACAGAGGAGUGGCCGGUCUGCGCCCAUCCAGCCCCGAUGCGAGGCGCGCAAUGGGAUCAACCGGAUGUGCGGGAUCGAGCCAGGCUAUGCGCACGUUGGGAUCGACCGGAGGCACUUGAGGGAGCCCAAGAUCUAGCACCGCCAGAAAUUCGUCUCCAUGCCCGACUCGAGGGGUUUGCUGCCGCGGGUCGAGGCCCUCGCCACCGACUGCACGUUUGUGGAGGAAAUCAGCUGGUCCCAACGCGAGUUUCCUUCCUCUAUGGUUUUCAUUUAUUUAUUUGGGGUUUCUAUCUAAUUGGCAUAUUCGCAACUGAUGUGUUUCGAUUGAAGGCGGAGGCGAGCAGGGAGAGGUCAAAGGCGGCCUACACGGAGCUUCCUAUCCUACGGGUGCGAAUCACAAGCUCGCUGGCAGGGUAUUCUGGUUUUGGCCAGAUUUGCAGCAGGGGGGCGAGGCCGCGAGGGCAGGGGCGCCAACAGUCCCGGCAGCCGGCCGACGGUAGGGGCGCAGCCGCUCGCUGGAGCAGGGCUGCACACAAGGAGGCGUCGGCUGGACCCGAGGGCCGCACGGGCGGGCGGGACGAGAGGCGGGAUCUUCCUUUACGGCGGAGGGGGCGCGACCGGCGGCGAGGAAUGGGGAGGCGGCUGCCGGCUUGCCGGGCCGGGGUCGGGGUCGGGCGGCAGUGCGAGACUGCGAGGGCAUCAGGACGAGGACGACUGGGUCUGAGCGGAUGGCUGCGUUCGUCGUGGACUCCUGGGUGUGUUUACUGGGCUGGGUAUUUUUCAGGCCCAAUUAAAAUGUAUAAGUAUAUAGUAGGCUGUCUCAAAAUCCCAGGGUGGGCCGCGGCCCACCCUGGCCACCCUGUACAUCCGCCACUGAUGCUGAUCGAUUUAGGGGCUGUUUGGUUCGUUAGUUAAAUUGCCACACUUGUGGCGCGCCGCGGAGUGUGGCGUACAAAACAAGCGCCACACAUUUGGCGAAAAAGUCUGCUGCAAAACACACUGCAGGUUGUGGUGAGCCUAACCUUUGUAGUAAACCAAACGACAGUCUAGGGAGCUGUGGCGCGCCACACCUUGGCAAGGUGCGGCCGGGAACCAAACAGCCCCUUAGAUGGAAAACAUGGUGUCGUUGAUUUGGGUCAGGGAGUUGUUUAUGUAAGUUUAUGAUGUGCUCAAUAACAAUCAUUUUGGUUGGCCA